CCGCUCCUUUGCUUUCUUGUUCCUCACGUCGCUCCUUGACCGCCUGCUGCUUUUCUUCCCCGCCUUCGUAUCGACACUGGUGUUGGCUGUUGGCCCCGAAUUAGUACAGCGCCUGCCCGCCGUCUGCCCGCAUCGUGAAUCGCACAGCCUCGGGAGUCGCAUACAGCUAAUCGACGUGCAUGCGCCUGCAUACUCCGCCCUAGGACCAUACAUAGCAACCUACGCACAGGGUCAUUCACCGGAUUCGCCAGCGCUCUUGCGCUUCGUCGGCCUGCGGCACAGCCCUGACCUCCCCCACAACGCUCUCGACCGCCUACACAAAGCUAUCGCCAACCCGACUACAACCACUUCGGAACGUCAACGCGCGAUUGCCAUUUUGACUUUCCCCCGGUAGCUUUCGCGAGGAUAACAGCAAAGGGGCUAGGCUCCAGCGGCACCAUCAACAUGGCGGAAAGAUCAAGGGCGCGGGCCGUCUUCAUGCUGCUGAAGAACUUGACAUUGGCAGCGCUGCUGUACGCGACGAUAUAUGGCGUGAUAAACUUGGUGAGCGAUCCUAGUGUCGCUACCAAGGGGAAGCUGGGCAUUCCUGCCUUUCUGGAGAAGGCUGGCCCGACGGAGCUGAUCAAGACUACCAAAGCCGGAGUCGAGGUCAAGUUCACCGGCACCACCAAGACCGUCACCAUCAACCCACACGCCAAUGUGUUCAAUCGCCCCGUCAUGGCCGUGAAGACAAAGGACGACUACAUGGGCCCCCGCCCCCACGUCGACACCGAAGCGGACAUGCACAUGCUGGUGGAGGAAUGCAGGGGCACAUACGCUGGGCUCGAGAAGAUGAGGAAUGUUUUCGACUGUCUAAAGUUCUUUGCCGACCAAGAGCAUCGCUAUUACAAGCUGCCCGAGCUAGCCAGCCGGUCCAGCGCCCAGGACCCCCACAAGGCCGAGUACGUCAACGCAGACGGACACGGCAACACACUCGCGAGAUAUGUACCUGUGGACGAGGCUGUGGCCGCCAAUGGAUCGAACAUUGGCACAUGUUCUGGCCCUAUCAUACCGUAUCACGUCUACUGGACUGGUCCUGCUACUUGGCGAGUCGAGGUCUUCAUCAAGAGCUAUCUAUACACCCAGAACCUGGCAUGCUCUCGCCUUUGGCUAUGGCUCGACAGCGACCGCAGCCCUAACGCUGUAGAAAACAUGUUGAACAAGGACGCCCUCUUCGCACGUUUUCUUCCCUUAGUCGACCGCGGUGAUAUCGUUGUCAAAGCCUGGAACUUCCCCAGCCGCAUCCCACUCCCCAAGGACGACGAGGACAAGAACGGAUUCGGAUAUUACAGCACUCCCGGAAAGCCAAACAUCAAGGGCGAAAAGGCCGUAGCCGAGAACAUUGUCGAGGACGGAAACGGCCAGCAAUGGCUAGUCCUUACUCCCAAGCAAAUGACAUUUCUCCCCGUAGCCGUCUCCGACGCCGUACGAUUCGUCGUCCUACAUGUCCACGGCGGCGCCUACUUCGACAUGGACGUGCUAAUGCUCCGGGACAUGCGCCCCCUCCUCCUCCCAAAAGAGCACGCCUUCGCCGAGCGAUGGGCAGCCCACUCCCACCCAGGCGACUACAACACAGCCAUCAUGUCCCUCACCGCAAACUCCUCACUCUCCUCCUACCUCCUCUACGGCGGCAUCCGCAUGGGCCUGAACUUCCACCCCCGGGUCCUCGGCCGCAUGGCGUGGAAAGACGGACGCGACCAGGAAUUCCUCAUGUUCGAGACCGCUGCGUUCGACCCCAUCUGGACGGAAUUCAACUGGGACCGCGCCGGCCGGUGCACGGUGCCGUGUAUCCGCGACUACAGCGCCGUGUUCAAGGGGAAGAAGGACGCGCUCCGCGACGAAUGGGAGAGCUACGACGGCCCGCAACUCGAAGCUAUAAAGUCGACAGAUACACAGACCAGGGAGCUCAAAGCACGAGGCCGCGAAGAUCAAGACAACGUCCCUACUUCAUCGGCAGCCCCAGCAGGCAAAGAACACGCCGACUCCUUCCAAGCCACGCUCGACGAGGAAGUCGAACUACGCAAAGCAGGCGUAAUCCUCGACUACGCCCUCGCAGAGGAUAAAUUCCCGCCCAAUAAUCGCACGCUGGAGAACUUCUUCCGUGGCGCGUGGACGUACCAUAUUCAUAACCAGUGGCUUAAACACCCCGAACCCUCAUCCUGGCUCUCCGUCCUCGAACAAGCUCAAGACGGCUUCUUCGCCGGCGCGCGCUCGAACCCGUAUGCCGAGAUGUGGACGGGGCCGAGCUUGAUGCCGUAUAAUUACUGGCCUGAGUUUGUCUGAACUACCUAAUCACCUACUACUUGUCGGAUGGUAGGUAGUACGUCGGUGCGUAUAUUGCGCGGGACGGGUGUGCGUGUGCUCGUGUUGCGUUGCACGGCUGGGCACGUCAUGUCACCAAAAUCUCAAGGCGUAUGGGUUUGUGCUUGCACUUUUUUACUGCUUUACUUUACUUUUCCACAGGAGCCACGGCGGGCUGGCUGGCGUUAUCUGGUCCCUUUACCUUACCUUACUUUUUCCCUCCAACGCCCCCCCGUUUGCGGGCUUGGAAUACGGCGUUUUGGACAUGAUGGCAUGUAUGGAUGGGAUGGGAUGCUACGGCUGAGCAGGUAUUGUCUAUUUAGUUAUUUGAGCUAUGUAUGUAUGUAGUGCGUAUGUAUAUCAUGGCAAAGCAAGAUACGUUACGAA